CAAGUACUUUCAAAUUGUCACAUUGACAUAAAUUUAUCAAAGAUUACAGACACAAAUUUCUCGUACGCUGUUCAUGGAGCAUUGUGAGCUGAUAAGUUGGAGUGUGUGAAAAUUGUUUUAAUAUUACAGUUAUUUUUACUUCAACAGCGAAUUCCUCGAUUUUUAGCUAUAUUAAGUAAUUGAAAAUUAUUUCUGCAGAUAUGAGACUCUUCAAAGCGAGUGAUAUCUUUCAGCUCAUCGCAGUUUUCUGCCUGAUUUGUUCUUCUCAAUCAUUCGUUGUUGAGGAUGAAAAUGAGAAUUCCAACCACUUGAUCAGAAAAAUCAAUGCAUUUGGCAGCACUUGGAGGGCAGAAAGUAACAACCUAGACGGCCUUAGUCUGCAUUUUUACGAAGGCUUAUUGGGAGCAAACCUUGAUGAGGAUUUUGGCAAAAUAGAAUUGAAAACUCUUGACCACUUCAAGAAUAAUCGAGAAAUUCCUGAGAAUUUUGAUGCAAGAGAACAUUGGCGCAAUUGUAAUUCAAUCGGUCAUGUAAGAGAUCAAGCUAACUGUGGAUCAUGCUGGGCUGUAGCGGCAGCAGAAGCUCUAACAGAUAGAUUUUGUAUUGCGUCUAAGGGAAAAAUCAAAACACAUCUUUCAAUGGAAGAUCUAUUGUCCUGCUGUAAUGAAUGCGGCUAUGGGUGUAAUGGAGGAUAUCUUGGAAAGGCAUGGAACUACUUAAAAGUGAACGGAAUCGUGUCUGGAGGAGACUUUGACUCACAUGAGGGAUGCAAACCCUAUUCAAUUAUGCCAUGCGACUCUUUUGGAAAUUCCACGCUGAAAACAUGUCGUUACCUUGGAAUAGAAGAUACACCAAGUUGCAGCACUAGGUGUACAAAUAGUAAACAUUCCAAAUCAUUCGCAAAUGAUCAUCAUAAAGUGAAAAACUACUACAGAUUGAAAGAUGUCACAGCGAUUCAAAGAGAAAUAAUGGAAUCAGGACCAGUAGAAGCAAGCUUCAAGGUCUAUGCAGACUUCCAAUUCUACAAAUCAGGAGUCUAUCGGCACCUUUUCGGUAAACUCCGAGGGGGACAUGCUAUCAAGAUAAUCGGCUGGGGCGUUGAAAGAGGAACUCCCUAUUGGCUGAUUGUCAACUCGUGGACCACCCACUGGGGCGAGAACGGACUGUUCAGAAUACUGAGGGGAACGAACGAAUGCGAUAUCGAGAAAGGAGUGAUAGCUGGCCAAGCCAAAGUAGAAGAUCAUUUGUAAAAUUAUGUUGAUUACUAAGCUCUAGGUACUUUGGGUGAUGGUCAAUAUGUGAGCCUUUUCCUGAUCAACUUAUUGAAUUAAUCUAGCCUUCUAUUAAUGUAUUUGAAAAUAAUAAAGUUGAUUACUAUGCUACGACAAUGUUUAUGUCAAAGUAGGUCUUUUCAUGAUUUACAAUUGAAUAUAUUUGCAUUAAGAAUGAUCUCAUGAUUAUUGAAUAUGUUUGCAUUGAGAAUGAAUUAAUAUAAUCAACCUCAAUUAUUCUUAUUAUUUGGAUCCAUGUCUAGAUCAAAAUUAUGUAGGCCUUCUCAUCAUCAAUAAAGUAUAAUUUUUUUCGAAAUUAAUGAAGGUGAUAUGCAUAGAUAUAAGAAAAUUGUUUCCAUUACUACAAUCUUGAUUUAGGAGAAUGUACCGUAAAGUAGGCUUUCUUAUGAUGGACAAUUGAAUUAUUUGCUUUGUAAUGUCUUUGCUUAGUGGAAUGAAGGCGAUGUAAAUUAUUUUCAUGAUGAUACAUAUUGAGUUAAUGUCAUUAUAAUGACCUAUUGAUCAUGUAGUGAAAUAAAACAAGUCAAUCUCA